AUGCCGAAAGAAUCUUUAUCAGCUAAUGUGAAGGCCCCCAAAUUGCGUACGAAGACCUUCACUGGAUGUUGGACCUGUCGAUCCCGCAGAGUCAAGUGUGACGACGAGCGCCCUCACUGCCGUCGCUGUAGCCGCAGUGGCUGGCAAUGCCAGGGCUACGGCCUGCGUCUGGGAUGGUCACAGACACCUGGGAGUCGCUCGCAGCGGCGCCAGAUUCUAUCGUCGACUCCACACUCCACCCAUGAUUUGUCUUCUGGAGCUGUGACGGCUCUCUUGGCAGAGCUGGAUGGAUGCUCCGCCGACGGCACUGCCCAGCAACGGGGGCCUUUCUCGGUAUUCUCCGCCUCCGGCUCUGAGUCCGAAGUCCAGGAACCAACAAUUGACUCACAACAUAUUAUCGAAUCUUCUCGGUUGUCGCAAGAAAGAGAAAGAGCCCCGGACUCGGACAGUUGCAAUUCUUUCGUGGCAGACGUAUCUUCUACCGGUCACGGCAUUGGCGAUGAGAUUUCUCCAGAGCCUGCGAGUGGAUUAUCAUAUUUGGAAAAUGGGUCGUCCUCCAUCUCAAGUCAUGAUAAAUGGCCAUCCCCGGUGCCCUCUGAGCCUGUCGUUCAGGCCGAUGGUCCUCGCUCCUCUGCGCUCUCUACCCUCAAUCAGUGUUCUCUCGGGAGGCUGGCUACGGAUGGGAUCCAUUCGAAAGAUCCUAUAUCUGGCUCUUCGCCUGCGGAUACCCCGUUCUGGAAGAUGAUAAAUCCCGUGCAGUUACCACGACCAGAAACAGAACUGGUCCACCAUUGGGUGGUCUUUUUGAGUGGGAACAUGCUACUAAUUGAUACCCCUGACAACCCGUGUCGGACAGUAUUUAUGCCACUUGCAUUACAGGGAAUGGACACAUACCCUCGGGAAUCAACUAUUCAUCUCUCUAUCUUCCACGCCAUAUGUGCCUCGUCGGCCUUUAGCCUUUACCACCUUCGCCGAGACUCUCAGUAUCAAUCUCUUGCCAUGCACCAUGACCAGCUGGCCUUGCGUCAUUUGCGUGGAAACCUGGGACGAGCUAAGCGUUUCGACGAGCCUACACUAGCUGCAAUUCUGUCAUGUAUCACAGCUGAGGCGAUGUCCGGGCGCAGAAGCAGGUGGAGAGCACAUGUUGCCGGUGGACUUGGCCUCUUGGAGAAUGAGAUAAACGGGGGCUGGAUCAAAGGCCCCACAGCCUCACGGUUGUUGCAAAGCUACUUGUCUCUUUCCUCACUCUGCAGUCUGCCCAUGUCAACGCAAUUGUUGUCACUACUCAAUGGCCCUUCGGAAUUGCGGCACUAUCUUGAACGCUCACACGGCAUCACAGCACCUCUUGUCCAAUUCCUCGCACAAAUUACCGCCAUACAUGAUUCGAAAUCAGCCCUGUCGACAGAGGAACUGGAUCGACUCGAACUGCAAUUAUAUCUCAAUUUUCCGUGCCUCUCUACCCCCGGUGCUCCCGGCUCGACCAUCAUCCAGCAUGCGCUUAAUUCCUUCUACUACGCCACAAUUAUUUAUUUCCGUCGAACACUACGACGUGUGCCAUUAUGUGACGUUCAAGAACUCGUUGAGAAAGCUGUUCAAGAAUUAGAAGUCGUGGACACAUUGAAGAAUGACAAAGGUGGCUGCGCCUAUAACUGGGCUAGCUUCGUUGUGGCUGCUGAAUGCCUACGACCGGAUCUGCAGACCCGCAUGCUGUCCUGGUUCGAGCGUAAGAGGCGGAACGGGAUCCAGAACGUCAUCAUACUCUGCGAGAUUGUGAAGGCGCUUUGGGAACGCCGUGAUCAGGCCGGGAGAGAUUGUGAUAUUCAGUGGCAGGAACUUGCCAAGGAAGCUGACUUUGAUAUUAUGCUUGUAUAA